AUGACCAGUAUCACCUCACCAACUGUUGAUCCUAAGAAUGUGCCCAACAUUUCACAUGUCCCGCAUGAUAAUACGAUGUGGGAAAAUGAUCAAAACCGAGGACUUAUCUUUGGGAUUGAGUCAACCUUCAAUCUAUCCAUGGUUGAAUCUAAUCUAUAUGUUGCAUCUAGACCAAUGGGUAUCUUAGAUGCCAAGGAAGAUAUCAUCAUGAAUGGACGUCAAAAUAAUCAAAUUGUGAUAAAAACUGAUCAGUUCAAGAAGAACAAGAGACUGCACAUGAGGAGAGGAUGUAAAGCCAUGAAAAAAGCUAGCAUCAUCAAAGGGCAAUGGACUUCUGAGGAAGACAGGCUAUUGGUGCAAUUAGUGGAUCGUCAUGGGACUAAGAAAUGGUCUCAGAUUGCUAAGAUGCUUCAAGGACGAGUCGGAAAACAGUGCAGAGAAAGGUGGCAUAACCAUCUUCGUCCAGAUAUUAAGAAAGAUAGUUGGAGUGAAGAAGAAGAUAGAAUCUUAAUCGAAGCCCACAAGGAGAUCGGGAACAAAUGGGCAGAGAUAGCUCGAAAACUCCCUGGACGCACAGAGAACACAAUAAAAAACCAUUGGAACGCGACUAAACGUCGACAACACUCGAGGCGGACCAAGGGAAAAGACGAAAUCUCUCUUUCACUUGGUAGCAACACUCUUCAGAAUUACAUUCGAUCUGUUACCUGCAAUGAUGAUGCCCUCAUGACCGCAACUUCUGACGCAAAUGUUAGUCCAACAACAAGUACGAGAGGCGAUGGAACGGAGAAGCUGUCGUUAGCAGUUGUGUCUUCUACGACAAGUGCGUCAGGAUCAACGUCGACUUCUGGUUCAGCGUCCGGGUCCGGAAGUGGUGUGACUGUAGAGUAUGAUGAAACGAUGACAGAUAGCUGGAUGGUGAUGCAUGGAUGCGAUGAAGUUAUGAUGAGCGAGAUUGCUUUGCUUGAGAUGAUCGCUCAUGGCCGUCUCUAG